AUGUGCCGCCCCGUGGUGGGCGGAGCGGGGAGGGGCGAGGAGCCCGGGAAGAUCGCGCGGAGGCCUGCGCACCCCGGGGGCGGGGCGGGAGGCUGGGCCUCGCUUCGUGCGAGCCGCCCCGCAUGGGCCUGGGGGUGUGAGACGCGGGCCUCGGAGAAAGGCCGGUCUGGCCGGGCCGGAGCUGGGGAGGCUGGCUCGGCCGAGCUGAAGGAGGGGGCCGCGCUCUGCUACCCUCUGUGCCCAUCCCCGGAGCAGUCCUCACCGCGGCUGCCAGCUCGUCCGGACACCCGGAGGCGGCUGCUUGGAUCCAGGCGGGAGCGCGAGUGCCGAGCUGGGGACAAGGCAGAGGCACCCAAAGGAGGAGAGCAGGGACCCCUGGAGACGUCCAUUGAUCCCCAGGAGGAUGUCCCCUGCCCCUCCUGCUCCUCUUCCUCUGACUCAGAAACGUUAGGUCCGCGCCUUCCCCGGCCCUGCAAGACGCCGGGACGCGCCCGGGCUGGUGACAGUGGCAUCUCCAGGAAGCAUGGCCCCAUUUGCUAG